UAACCAAUGGCAUCUGGCCAUGUUGUAUGGUUCAGUGUAAGGUGUCCAUCCACUGAUCUCAUCUCCUAAAUUAAUUUCUUUGGAACAGUUACGUAUAAAACAAUUUAUAAAAUAGUUGGAGAGUUUUUUCUUCAUAUGGCAAAAAGGCAAAACAUGGCGGGCCGAGGUUCUACAUAUAGUAUGUAGUGACCGAAAAUAUGGAUGGGUUACCCCUUCAAUGGGAUUGUCAGCUUCUUGGCUUAGAAUUUGAUGGCCUGAAUUGUUGCAACUUUAAUCACUUUCUUCUCUGAGACCGAGAACCCAACUCCAUAUCAUCACCAUAAAUCUCAGGUCUGACUGAACCAAAAAGAAUCCAUGGAGAGGAACAGUUUUAGUAACAGCCUGAAAGACCAUAGUAUUGGAAGUAAAGCCAUUAAAGACAGCAGCAGCAACUACGACAACCAGAACAACUUCAAGCUUAAGGAUACACGGAGCAGUAAUAAUCAAGGUUUUGGAGAAGAUUAUCUAGCUGGGUUUUCAUGGCCACCAAGGUCUUACACUUGCAGCUUCUGCAAGAGAGAAUUUAGAUCUGCUCAAGCUCUGGGUGGUCACAUGAAUGUUCACAGGAGAGACAGAGCCAGGCUAAGACAAUCACCUCCAAGGGAUCAUGGUCAGCCCCCUUGUCUGAACCUUAACCUUAACCCUAACCCUAACCCUAACCCUAAUUUCUCUUCCUCAUCCUUGGUUUCUUCUCCAUUCUCAUCCACAUUACCUUCCCUGGUUUCUCCUCCUCUUUCUUCUUUAUCUUCUUCUUUUGCUUCCCCUAGUCAUGAAAUGAAGAAAUGGCUAGUGAAUGGUACCCUUAUGGAUCCUUUAAGCUCGAAAGGCUCGGAUUCAACUAACAUGACCAAGGGUGCAAAAUCGUUUUAUGGAGUUAAAGAAUUAAAAGAUUAUGAGUGUAAUAAGUUCCUAAAGAAGACUGAGUAUGUAAGGUUGGACUUGGACUUGGAGAUCGGUCUGGUUAGUGAUUCCAAGAAAGAUUUGGAUUUGGAGCUUCGAUUGGGGUACUCUUAGUUCUUUGAUGAAUUUGUUGCAGCAUUAUCAACUAACAUCCAAGGACCGGGUGCUUCCAAUUUGGCAUAUUGAAGUCUGUGAUCAAUUAUAAGCUUCAUUUGUUUACCAUGCACUGGGAAAUCAACUCAAUCAUGAAGCUGCAAUGCUACAUAAAUAUGUCUUAUCAGUUUGCUUAAAUGUUAGAAUAUCAUAGCCGAAUGUGCUAGUCUCUCAUGACUCUCAUCCUCCGGCCCCUCAGCAGUAGGAAUCUACCAUGUAGUAUAUACCUACCAUAUAUUGACAAUUUAGUUUUAUGUUUAAAUGAAGUAUGCUUAAUUAAUUCUUCAUUAUAUAGCAUUGCACAUCUUUUAAGCUAAGGAAAAGCCAUCUUGUUAAUUAAUUUUGUAUGAAUAUUAUCUCUAUUGUCUCUCCUUA